AUGGGGCGAGCAGGCUACGACACAACCUACGUCUGCACGACAACCGACUCCGCCGCAACGACCGCAAUCGCAAUGGCCGAUGCCCAGCGCGCCAAAGACGCUAAAACAGCAGAACAAGCAGUAAAAGCAGCCACCGAAGCCAAACUCAUCAAAAACAAGCAUUCGCGUGGGAUCGUGGCUGCGAGAUUGGCGAUGCAGGAGAGGACUACUUCUGCUGCUGCUGCUGCUGCUGUUGCGGCGGCGGCGGUGGCGGCGAAGAAGAAGGAUUCCUGA